AGUUAAAUAUAUUCUAAAAUUUCACUUUUUUUUUCUUACAGUUUUGGAUGCAUGGGGCCAUUAUCCAUCCGGAGUACAAUAUGGCAACAAUUAUGAUGUUGGAAAUUUCGACCAAUGUGUAACAACAUCUUUAACUUUAACUCAAGCUACUGGCCAAGUAAAUGGUCAAUUUUGCUUUGCUAAAAUUCCACUGAAAACAGAAGAACCAACAGCUAGAUUAUCAUAUGACACAACUGUCAGAGAUAUAAAUAUCGGAAUAUGUGUUCCUGAGACAUGCAGUCCGGAAUAUUUAGCUUCCGUAUUUAAACAAUCAGUUGCUGAUAAUGAAGAAUUAGCUGAAGCACUUUCUGGAAUGACAAUCGAUCAUUGUACAAAUGGAAAAACACCACCUUAUAGUACAAUGAAUAUUGUUGCAUUUUGGGUAUUUGGAGUAUUUACUGGAUUGAUGAUUUUGAGUUCGUUGUAUGAUUUUGUGUGGGAUUAUUUUGAAAUAAGACCAAAACCUAUCCUGCUAGCAUUUUCUGUUCUAACAAAUGGUAAGAGAUUAUUCUCAAUCAACACUAAACGAUCACCAAACAAUAUCGACUGUUUAACUGCAAUUCGUGUGAUAUCAAUGAUUUGGAUAAUGAACCAUCACAUGUACUCGAAUAAUUUUAUUCCGUCGAUUAAUCAAAAUGAAUUCUUUUCGUGGAUCAAUACAUUCAUUUCAAUGCCAGCAACAAUGGCCCAAGUAGUAGUGGAUUCCUUCUUUUUCAUUGGCGGUCUUCUAGUAGCUUGGAUUGGUUUCAGAGAUUUGGAUAGAUCAAAUGGAAAAAUCAAUAUUGUCAUGAAUAUUGUACAUCGUUACAUUCGAUUGACACCUGUUCUAGCAGCUGGAAUGUUAACAAUUUACGGGAUAUAUGACAUUCUUUACACUGGACCCUUUAGAGACCUAGCUUUGGGACAGAGUAAAUGUAAUAGCUACAAUUGGUGGCCAGUUUUGAUUUACAUUCAUAACUAUUACGUUCAAGAUACUAAGUGUUACGAUGAAACUUGGUAUUUGGCUGUUGAUUUCCAACUUUAUGUUCUGUCACCACUUUUGCUGAUUCCAAUGUGGAAAUGGGGCAAGAAAGUGGUCUAUGUCGUUAUUGCUCUGAUAAUUGCAGCUAUUGCCUGGGUUAUGGCAGUGUUUUUCAUGAAAGGAUUCACUGCUAUGUCAGUUGGUGGAAAUGAUGGAGAAUGGGAAUUGACUUAUACUCCAAUGCACACAAGAUGUGGAUCUUGGUUAAUUGGUUUUAUUUUGGGAUAUUUUAUGCACAAAAACCGUCAAACGAAAUUUCACCUUCCAAGGAUUGUUCAAUUUUUAGCAUGGAUCGCUUGUUUUGUCACCUUUGCAGCCAUAAUAUUUGGACCCUAUCCGACGUUACAUGCACAUAGUCAGGGAACUGUAUUUGAAGCUGCUAUGUAUGAAGGCUUGAAACGAGUAUCGUGGGCUAUUGCACUAAGUUGGAUAACAUUUGCUUGUCAUUAUGGUUUUGGUGGAGUUGUUGAUACAUGUUUGUCACAUCCAUUUUGGCAGCCAUUUGGACGAUUGACAUACGCUUUGUAUUUAAUGCAUAUGGGUGUUAUUCGAAUGCAUUUUGGAAUGUUUAGAACUACUAAGUAUUUUAGUACUUAUACAAUGUUCCUUGGUUUCUGGGGUGCAUUUGGAGUAACUUUACUUGUUGCAAUUUACAUGACGCUUGCCUUUGAAGCGCCUAUUUUAAUAUUGGAAAAGUUUAUAUUUGGAGACGGGAAGAAAAAUGAUAAGAAACCACCAGCAGUUGUACAAUCGACACAUCCACAAAAAGAAGUUUAGACGAAAAGUUUAAGUUUAAGUUUAAAUUAUAAAUAAAAUAGGAUAAAAAUUCGUUCAAGAAUUCAUAGUGAAACUGUCUAUCUGCUUAAAAAAAAAUAA